AUGGUCCAAGAGGAUUGUUCACCACCAUUUGCCACCGCCGACGUUGAACGACGUACUGGUCCUAAGCGCUCGCGCAAAGCUGCAAACAAAUCGGUGGCCUUGCAAACGGACGACAGCUCUGCAGCAGCUAAACAAAAGGCUACAGCUGAUAAGCGCAAAGCCGCAGCUGCAAAGGGGCGCCAGGCUGCAGCGGAGAGCCGCGAGCAGCUUAAGAAGUUGAGGGAGGAGUAA